UCGCUAACGUCCGACGAAAAGCGCUACUUUGGACAACUCUUUAAAGCAGCAGAUACCGAAGGACUCGGCGUCAUCACCGGCGAUGUCGCCGUCAAGUUCUUUGAAAAGUCUGGCCUGCCCUCCUCUACGCUCGGCCAGAUCUGGGAGAUCUCAGACAAGGACAAUACAGGCUUCUUGACGCCGCAAUCCUUUUCCGUCGCAUUGCGGCUCAUUGGGCAAGCGCAGAAUGGACAAGCCCCAGAUGCGAGUCUUGCCAAGCGGGCUGGAGCUUUGCCAAGGUUUGAUGGAUUUCCUAUGCAGAAAGCCCCUGCGCCGCCCAAGGCGCGGGCCGUACAACCACUGUCUCCCGAGGACCGAGCCAAGUACCUUCAAACCUGGCAGGCUGUCAAUCCUACCAGUCCAUUGCUCGAUGGAGACCGUGCCAAGACAGUCUUUCAAAAGGCGAAUCUACCUAUUGAGCAGCUUGGCCAAAUUUGGGCCUUGACAGAUACAAAGCAACGUGGUGCUCUCGAUAUGGUGGAAUUCAUUGUGGCCAUGCACUUGAUUCAAGGCGUCAUGAAUGGGCAGCUCAAGAGUAUUCCGUCAUCCUUGCCGCCGACGCUGUUUGAAGCGGCCGCGCGGGGUCCUCCUUCUGCCCGCUCGCAGCGCCAGCAGCCUUCUGUCUCGAGCUUACAAGAGCCCUUGCAGCAGCAAUUCUCUGGACAGCGACAGGGCCCAAUUCGAACACAGCUCACUGGACCGCCUGGUCGCGCUUCACCCGCUCCUCGAUCUGAAGUGUGGGAUAUUAAGCCUCAUGAUAAGGCCAAUUAUGACACCUUUUUUGCUGGCAUCGACAAGGACAGCAAAGGCUACAUCACAGGCGAAGAAGCUGUUGGCUUUUUCGUGCAGUCAAAGCUACCAGAAGACGAGCUCGCACAAGUCUGGGAUUUAUCGGAUGUCGACAACUCUGGCAUGCUGAAUGCCGAUUCAUUUGCAGUGGCCAUGCACCUCAUAAAAAUACGAAUGCGUGGUGAAGACUUGCCCAAUAUGCUACCAGCCAGCCUUAUUCCUCCGGCAAUGCGACCAAAAGUCGCGGCACCCACGGCAGCAGUCUUUGCAGAAGCACAAGCUCAAUCAGCACCCAUCCCAUCGUCUGCCGCAGCAGACUUGUUUGGUCUGAAUGACUCGUUUGCGCCUGCUCCUUCGAAAUCACCGCCAGUUGGUGCCUUUGCCAACAACUUUGGUAUUGAUCAAGCAGUCUCGCCUGUUGAUUCCAAUCGUGGUUUUGGCGGCAAGCCAGCAUUUGUUCCAUCAAGCAGCUUUGGACAAGCCAUUCAGCAAGCACCCCAAGCGCGCAACUUUUCACCCGUCCAGCGAAGUAUGGAUCCAGACUUGCUAGGCGACGCUGCACCACAGGAAAGCUUGCGCCAUGCUGGUGACGCAACGGAAUUGGCCAACCUCAACAACAGCAUCAGCUCCCUCAAUAAGCAGCAUGCUGCUACCAAGCAAGAGCGUGCGCAAGUGGAAGCAGAUGUUGGACAGCUCAAAGCACAAAAGCAAGACUUGACUGCAAGACUCGCAAAUGUCCGCGGCAUGUAUGAUGCUGAAGUUGCAGCUGUCCGUCAAAUGCAGGCUGAGCAAGGUCAAAUCAGGAAUGAAAAUAAGGAGCUUGCCAAGGAAGCCUCUUUGCUUGAGGCAUCUCUCGGUGCAGUCAGACAAAAUCAUGAACAACUCACUGCCCAGCUCGCUCAAGACAAGGCCGAGAAUGCAGCCAUCAAGGACAAGAUUCGUUUAGCAAAUGAGGCAAGUACAACGCUCAAAGCACAGCUUGAAACGCUGAAGAAGGACACAAAACAGCAACGUGGUCUGGUGGCCAUCAACAACAAGCAGCUCGCUACGCUUGAAGCUGAGCACGCAAAGAUUCGUCAGGGCAUCGAAGAGGAAAAGCAACAAGCAAUUGCAGCAGAGAAGGAGCGCAUUGAGAUG